UACAUCAAUUCCUUGUUCGCGAUGGCGUGUGAUUUACUUGGUACAUGUGUAUACGUGCCUUGUACCUCUUGCCUACGCGUGCUUUUGCCUCAUCCGCUGUUGGUUUAUUACUGUUCUCACAUGUACGUAGUUGGAUAAGCCAAGGAGAUAGAAUUGCUAAUAGUUAUAAGUUUGGAAUAAACAGUCGAGACAGUACACCAAUCAACAAGACAUUUAUCAAUAAUAUCUUUGAAAGAAGAAUGGCUUUACCAAGUAGAGCACGUGUCUAUGCCGAUGUAAAUUCACAUAAACCAAGAGAAUACUGGGACUAUGAAUCUUAUGUUGUUGAUUGGGGGCAACAAGAUGAUUAUCAAUUAGUAAGAAAAUUGGGUAGGGGUAAAUAUAGCGAAGUAUUUGAGGCCAUAAAUGUUACAAACAAUGAAAAUUGUGUUGUGAAAAUAUUAAAGCCUGUUAAAAAGAAGAAAAUAAAAAGAGAAAUAAAAAUUUUAGAAAAUCUUAAAGGUGGGACCAAUAUUAUUACACUCCAAGCAGUUGUCAAAGAUCCAGUUUCAAGGACACCGGCACUGAUUUUCGAACAUGUCAACAACACAGAUUUCAAGCAAUUAUAUCAGACAUUAACUGACUACGACAUAAGAUACUACCUCUACGAAUUAUUAAAAGCGUUAGAUUAUUGUCACAGUAUGGGAAUUAUGCAUAGGGAUGUGAAACCGCACAAUGUUAUGAUAGACCAUGAAAACCGAAAGUUACGAUUGAUCGACUGGGGACUAGCAGAAUUUUAUCAUCCUGGUCAAGAAUAUAAUGUACGAGUAGCUUCUCGUUAUUUCAAAGGUCCGGAAUUACUCGUAGAUUAUCAAAUGUAUGACUAUUCAUUAGAUAUGUGGUCGUUGGGUUGCAUGCUUGCAAGUAUGAUAUUUAGGAAAGAACCGUUUUUUCAUGGACACGAUAACUAUGACCAACUAGUUCGAAUUGCAAAAGUGCUUGGGACUGAAGAACUAUUCGAAUAUCUUGACAAGUAUCACAUUGAACUAGAUCCUCGUUUCAAUGACAUUCUAGGCCGACAUUCGCGUAAGCGUUGGGAACGUUUUGUACAUUCGGAAAAUCAACAUUUAGUAUCACCCGAUAGUUUGGAUUUUCUUGACAAACUCUUACGCUAUGACCAUUACGAGAGAUUAACUGCUCGUGAAGCAAUGGAACAUCCUUAUUUUUAUCCCAUAGUAAAAGAACAGGGUCGUUUGGCUAUGGUGUCAUCAUCACCUACUCCCAUGGCAGGCUCAGUGCCUGUAGGUGAGUAGCGGCCCAGAUUAUCGUGGCAUAACAAUGAACAACAUACCGCUUCAUGGGACAAAUGGAUUGGAAAGCAUAGGAGAAAUUGGAAGUACGUGUUUGACCUUUUCAGAAGAACUGCUUCAACUCUUAUAAAUUCAGCAAUUUCUGAACAGCAAUUCUCAACCGAGUCCCAAUCUACUACAAAAUAUAACAAUACGACAGCAGAUAUUUCGUAUCGCCAAGUAUAUUCUUCUCUGUAUGAAAAUCAUUCUGGUUUGUAGCAAUGGCUUCAUCAAUCCUAUCACUAAGACUGAAGCAACUCAUUUUGCUAUAUAUGUUUUUUUUUAAUAUAUAAUUAUUCCAAAUUUGUCAUGUACUUAGAGAAUCACGGGAGAUUAGAAUCCUGACGUAAAAUUUGUCGCGUAAAGAUACAUGCUCCGUCCAUAUGGUGGCCGGUGUGCAUGCGAUAUCAAAGAUAGCGCAUUGCUUACUUUUACGAUUUACAAUGCGCUAUAUAUUUACUAUUUUUUUGAUCUUGUUAUCAUGAUCACUAUCAUGUUUUUGGCGGAUCUAUAAAUGCAAGAUGCAGCUUGAUUUAUUUUCACUUGAAAUAUGAUUACUUGUGGUUAUCCACAGAUAUGAUACCCCCAGUGGUAGAUAUUUUAAACAAGAACCAAUCUUAUCUACAUUCAUAUACAUGUACACUCAUAUACAGACAGAUACGCAACAAACAUAUAUACAAUCACUCUUGUUCAUAUACUUUAGGCCAUUCGGUUUAGUACUUUCAAUGAUAAUAAAAAAAAUGUUUGUUUAUAUC